GAGCUCGCCUCCGGACUCCAACUCCCAGCCUGCACCGCUUCAGACGGGCUUCCGGGGUGUGGGAGGGCCUGGGAGCCUGCGCGCCCCAGCUUCUUCCGACUUCUUCAGCUGCAGGGCGGGUGGUUGUCUUGGUGACCGCUCCCUAACGGUCUGGGGACCCCGAGGUACUUGUUGAGGGUUUUGCAACCUGAGCUGCUGCUGACUGAAGACGCCUUCGGUUGCUCCAAGUGUCCGAGAAGAUUGACCCAGAAUAAUAAAAAUGUCUCGAAAAAUUCCCAAGGACUCAAAAAAAGUAAACAUCUCUAGUUCUCUGGAAUCUGAAGAUAUUAGUUUGGAAACAACCAUUCAUACAGAUGAUGUUUCCUCCUCAGAAGAGCGAGAGGGUAAAGUCAAAAUUACCAGGCAGUUAAUUGAAAGAAAAGAAAUACUUCAUAAUAUUCAGUUACUGAAAAUUGAGCUAUCCCAAAAAAAUAUGAUAAUCGACAAUUUGAAAAUGGAUUAUCUUACAAAGAUUGAAGAGCUGGAAGAAAAACUUAAUGAUGCCCUUCACCAGAAGCAGCUGCUAACUUUGAGAUUAGACAAUCAGUUGACUAUUCAACAGAAAGAUGCCAAGAAAUAUCAAGAACUAAUGAAACAAGAAAUGGAAACCAUUUUAUUGAGACAGAAACAACUGGAAGAGACAAAUCAGCAGCUAAGAGAGAAAGCUGGAGACGUCCGUCGUAACCUUCGAGACUUGGAGCUGACAGAAGAGCAGUAUGUGAAGCUAAAGUCCUUCUCUGAAGACCAGCUUUCUAUCCCUGAAUACGUAUCUAUCCGGCUCUAUGAGCUAGUAAAUCCAUUAAGAAAGGAAAUCUACGAACUACAAGUGAAAAGGGAUGAACUCUGUGAAGAACUAAGCACAAACAGAGGCCAGCUGAGGCAGCUGACAGAGACAUAUGAGCAAGAUCGAAAAAACAGCUCUGAACUUCAAAUCCGAUGUCAGCGUUUGGCCUUGGAAUUGGCAGACACCAAGCAGUUGAUUCAGCAAGGCGAUUACCGUCAAGAGAACUACGACAAAGUCAAGAGUGAGCGUGACACUCUUGAACAGGAAGUGUUCGAGGUUAGAAGAAAACAUGAAAUCCUUGAAGCUUCUCACAUAGCUCAGGCUAAAGAAAGAAGUGAAUUAUCAAAAGAGGUAGCCACCUUGCAGCAGACAGUCACCCUCCUGCAGAAGGAUAAAGAGUACCUCAAUCGCCAAAACAUGGAGCUAAGUGUCCGCUGUGCCCACGAAGAGGAUCGCCUGGAGAGGCUGCAGGUGCAACUGGAGGAGACCAAAAAGGCUAGAGAAGAGAUGUAUGAGAAAUACGUGUCAUCCAGAGACCAUUAUAAAACAGAAUAUGAAAAUAAACUACAUGAUGAACUGGAACAAAUCAGAUUGAAAACUAAUCUGGAAAUUGAUCAGCUUCGAAGUGCCUCUAGGGAAAUGUAUGAACGAGAAAACAGGAAUCUCCGAGAAGCCAGGGAUAAUGCUCUCGCUGAAAAGAGCCGAGCAGUGGCAGCUGAAAAGGGUGCUCUAGAAAAGCAUGAGCAGCUCCUUGACAGGUACAGGGAGCUCCAGCUGAGUACAGAAAGCAAAGUGUCUGAAUUUCUGCAUCAGAGUAAGCUGAAGUCCUUUGAAAGUGAACGUGUUCAACUCCUGCAAGAGGAAACUGCAAGAAAUCUCGCACAGUGCCAGUUGGAGUGUGAAAAGUAUCAGAAGAAAUUGGAGGUUUUAACUAAGGAAUUUUAUAGUCUCCAAACUUCUUCUGAAAAACGCAUUACUGAACUCGAAGCACAGAACUCCGAGCAUCAGGCAAGGUUAGACAUUUACGAGAAAUUGGAAAAAGAACUUGACGAAAUAAUAAUGCAAACAGCAGAAAUUGAAAAUGAAGAUGAGGCUGAAAGGAUUCUUUAUUCCUAUGGCUAUGGUGCUAAUGUUCCCACAACAGCUAAAAGACGACUAAAGCAAAGCGUCCACUUGGCAAGAAGAGUUCUUCAGUUAGAAAAACAAAACUCAUUAAUUUUAAAAGAUCUGGAACGUCAGAAGGAACAAGUAAGGCAGCUUUCCCAAGAGCUUGACAGAGCCAAUUCACUGUUAAACCAGACUCAGCAACCCUACAGAUACCUCAUAGAGUCUGUGCGGCAAAGGGAUUCCAAGAUUGAUUCACUGAUGAAGUGUACAGCUCAGCUUGAGAAAGACAUCAGCAAUAUAAAUAAGGAAAAGUCAGCCCUGCUGCAGACGAAGAACCAAAUGGCCUUGGAUUUGGAGCAGCUUCUAAAUCACCGUGAGGAGUUUGCAGCCAUGAAACAGAUUAUCAUUAAUAUGUGUAGCAAACAUCCUGAGAACAACCUACUCCUCUCUAGAAUGGAGUCAAAAGGGGUGACAGAAAAUCAAGCAUCAAAGAUUUUGAACAUGCCAAGAGAACAUGAAGACAAUAUAUUUAUACCCAAGCCAACACUGUUUACUAAAAAGGAUGCACAGGAAUGGUCCAAGAAUCAAAAAAUGAAGGCGUAGUGUUUGGUGCUGGAGAAAGCCAGAGUCUAAACCUAAGCCACCAAGCCCCUCCCUUCACAUGGCACUCCCAGCUAGCCCCCCCACAAGGCACCCUCAGCCAGGGUCGCUGUUCUGUGUUGGAAUGGGUCUUGUGUCAUCUGUACUCCAGAAGUGCUACCUCUGUUGGGGGAGAAAACGUUCAUUUCAAUCAUGUACUUGACAUUUUCAAAUAUAAUUAACUUAAUGUGUAUUCUAACUAAUGUUAAAUUAACAAGUUUCAGUAUAAUCAGCAUAUAAAGUACAAAUGUCAUAUGCUUUAUAUUUUGGUUUUAUGUAUUUUGUUAUAAAAUAAAAUAUCUUCUAUCCUCUGA